GCAGUAUCGCGGCGCGCUCUCUACUUCUCGGACCUCGACCCGCCGGAUUCGGUACAGCUCGUGACUCGUCCCGAUCUGUGAUGUGCCUCGUGAGCUGAUGAUGUGCAGCCGAGUGAGUGUUGUGACGAAGUGCGCGAGCGACAAGCGGCGGCGGACCGCGCGCCCAUAGCCCGCCAUGUGGAUGCUCUUCAUGCCGCUGCUGGCGCUUCUCGCGCAAGGCGACGGCGUCUCUUUCACACCAAACAAGGAAUUACUUGAAUGUGCAAGAUCCUGUAUAUAGACCAACAUGCAUAUCAACUUCCAACAAACUACAGUAGAAACAUUCCACCUGGUAAAAACACGACAGUUUAUAUUGGAGUAAACGUCAACAGGGUCUCUGGAGUCGACGAGAAUAGAGAGGAGAUCACACUAGACGUUUUCCUACAAGUAUCAUGGGAAGAGAUGCGUUUAAAAGUCCCACCAGGCCGGUCGUACAUCGACUUGCCCUGGGAAUUCCGUCAGCUCAUCUGGACCCCAGACCUAUAUAUAUGGCAACUGCAGACCAUGAGAAUAUUGUCGGUGCUACAAGAAAUGGCAUCUUUACGAUUGUAUGCCAAUCGCACCGUCUCAGUCAGUAUCGGUGCCACGAUCACCAUCAAAUGUGAAAUGGACUUCGUUCUCUACCCGUUAGAUGUACAAAACUGCGCUAUAGACUUCAGUAGCUACAAGUACACCAGAGAAGACGUGCGGUUCGAGUGGCGUGAAGUGGCACCUUGGUUUGGCUUGGCCGGGGAGCAGCGACGCGAGUUUCGCCUGCCCAAAUACGUGGUCACAUUUGUUACAGACAAAAGUAAACAUAUUCGAAAUUUUGGUGAAGGUGAGCAUUCUGCAGCACGUUUGCAAAUCAAGCUGUCUCGUGAACUGCGGGGUUACCUUCUAGAGAGCUAUUUACCUUCCUCCCUCUUUGUGAUCAUAUCUUGGGGCAGCUUUUGUGUCAUACCGGAGAUUGUACCGGGUCGGAUGGUGUUGCUUGUGACAACCUUGCUCUCAUUGGUCACCAUGUUUGAUACUGUGAGCACGAAUUCUCCUGAUGCCCUGGAACUAAAGUGCAUUGAGGUUUGGCUGAUCUCAUGCACGAUAUUCGUGUUCCUUGCGUUAUUAGAAUACUUCGUGGUGCUCUUUGGCAUCCGCUAUGACAAGAGUUGGAGCAGACGGCGGCAAGACCUUCGCCGGGCCGCUUCCGCCGCGCAACUCGCGCCGCCUAUACAUAUCAACCAUUCACAGAGGUUAAGUACACCAGUUAGCGGUACACCACAAGGUGGUGUUUUCUCUCCGCAACUUAGUGUAGAAGAUGAAGGACUAAAGCAACAAUUCUCUCAUCAGACUAUUCAGAGGUUGUCAUCUAAGGAGAGAAGGCUUCGAAGAGACAAUAAAGUCGGAUGUGAGACGAGAACAGUCAGUAAGGACUCGCCAAUUUUGGACACGAUGCCAGGUGAUUCGUCUGGAAGCUUCUUAGUAAGGUUUGCUGCGAUGGCCGAUCGAGGCGUCAUGUUCUGUGGUGCCCAACAUGGGGCACUAGACAAGUUCGCCCUUAUGGUGUUCCCUAUUUGUUUUAUACUCUUCACGAUCAUCUACUGGACCACAUACCUCAGUGAAGCACACCGAGCGAUGCCCGACUAAUGUGAUUUUCUGAACAGUGCCUACUCAGUGUAAGACAAUUGUAAAUAUUAGAUAAGAUGCUAGAUAUUUUAUUAACGUUUGACCCAUUGUUGAUGACAAUUUAAUAGUUAAGUUUAUAGAAAUUUUAUUAAAAAAGUUAAAUUGUUUUGUAGUAUAUAUAAGUUCAUUUAAAACGUUGCAAUAUGUUCAUUGUCUUGAUAUAUUUCAAUAAUAUACAAUAAAAUCAUAAUAUAUUAUGGCCUUGAGAAAUGCAAUAAUUUAAAAAUCAAUAUUUAAAAUAUAUUUUUGUUAUUUUCUUGUAAUUUUAAAUAAGGCUUUGUAUAUUAAAAUUAAACUGUACCAAUAUUUCCUAAGAUACUAACUAUCUGAAAUGUUAUUAUACCCAAAAAGUUUUCAGUAUUUGUGCCCCUUAUGCUGAAUCAAAUGAACCUCAUAUGAGUGCCUAAUGUUAAUACUUUUAAGAACACUUUGACUCUCCGUCCUAUUGUACUGUUCUGAAUUUGAAAUGUGAUUAGUUUAAAGCUCUUUGGGCGUGGACCCAAGUCUACGGUGCGGCACCGGCCACCGUGUAACGCCACGCACGUCGGCGCUGCCGGGUGGCGGUGCGGCGUCGUGUCGCAGCACGCUGGGCGGUGCCGUACCAUAGACAUGAGUCCACGCCCUUAUUAUUUACGUGUAGACUGUAAUGUCACAGAGUUCAAAAGAGUUAGUAACAAUGUUGGCAUAGUUACUAAUUCUUUUAGAUUUUACUUUAAUAAAAUAUGUGCAGAAUGAGUUAUUAUCGUUAUAUAUUCAUGUUCACGACUUUAUUCAGUUAGACAUAAAGAGGCAAUUCUCACACGGCGACAUAUUUUAUUAUUUUUGAGUCAUGGAUAUAAGUCUAUUCAUCCAAUGGUUUCCGCGUGUUUGUAUAAAAUAGUUUGUAAAUGUAUUUUUGUUAGAUAUUUGUAUUGACAACGAUUUAUAUUUAAAAAAAUCCUAUAUGUAUGAUUUUAAUUAAAUUACAGAUGUAAAUCUACAACAAUUAAGAUUUUGCCUUUAAAUAUCACACGACAUUGGGACCAUUUGAGCUCAGUAGAUUACUAGAACAUCACGCCUUAUUACUGUGCCUUUCGCUUUGUAACUUUACAUAAAUAUUAAAUUAUAGGCUAAAUCCAAUUUAAGAAAAAUCCUUUUAACACUGUAUUUUCUAAAUAUAUCGCUUAUACAUCAUCAGCUUAAAAUUAUAAAGCACGUCGAGUUUUACAAAAUUUUACACAAAUGUAUGCAUCUGUAUUGUUAUAAAUAGAAAGUGAAUAUAACAAUUUCAUAUUUUUCAAAACUAUUUAUUAUGCACAUAUAAAUAUUUUAAAAAUAAGUAACCUAUAGGCUAGAAAAUUUAAAACAAACAUAAAUAAGAAAUGUUGAAAUUUGUCAAUCAUUAAAUGCUCUCGUUUAUAUAAAAAAUAUAAGGGUAAAGAGUAUGAAAUUAAAUUAAACAGCGCGUAUGACGCAUUUUUUUAAAACGAUAUUUUUAUGCUAGUCAAUAGUCUUUAAAUAAAAUAAAAAUAAGCUUAUCUUAAAUUUAUUUAUUGCUUUAUAUGCUUGCUUUUGCCCCCGUGGCAUGUUAAAGCACAAAUAUUUUUUAUGCACAAAAUUUAAGUCAUGAUUUCACUGCAGACAUAGGAAUAAAAAAAACUAAUCUGUACCUACCUGUCAGAUCACAACGAUAUUAAUUUGAUCUAUGGAUACGUUAUUAUUAUAAAUCACAAUAAAAGUGAAGACAAAAUAAUAAUUAAUAUACAAAAAAUAAACAUUUCAUUUGCGACUAUUAAAUUUUUUUUAUGUAUCCCUUUUUAAUAUGCAAACCUUAUUCAAAAAAUAUGAUGAAAUAAUCGUUUGUUUUAUUGUAAUUAAAGUAUCUAUGUCAGGUAAAGCUAUUUUGAGAUUUGUUAUUAUAUUUAGUUACAGUUUCUAAAAACAUUUGAUGCUUGAAUGCAUAUUAUCAUUUAAUUUAACUUAAAUUGCAUUUCUUUAUGAAAGAUGUAUAACAAAAAAAAUGUAUAUAUGAAUGUUUAAAAAUCAUGAACGAUGAUGUUGAUAGCAACUCAUUAUUUACCAAUAAAUAUUUCCUUUUAAAUAUUCACUUA